CCAACAAAAUCCAUCACAAUUCACACCAGAGGAGAGAGAAGAAGAAGAGAGAGAGAGAAAGAAGGAUAGAAACUAUGGAGAAUGAAAGUCCGCCAGCCGCCAAUGCUGUAAAAAGCACUUUGACGCAUGGAGGAAGGUAUAUUCAGCAUAAUCUGCUUGGAAACCUCUUUGAAGUUCCUGCAAAGUAUGUACCUCCGAUUCAGCCAAUCGGCCGAGGCGCCUAUGGUGUCGUUUGUUCUGCUAGAAAUUCAGAGACUAAGGAAGAGGUUGCAAUCAAGAAAAUUGGAAAUGCUUUUGAAAACAGGAUAGAUGCUAAAAGGACCUUACGUGAAAUCAAACUUCUUUGCCAUAUGGACCAUGAGAAUAUUAUCAAGAUUAAAGAUAUCAUAAGGCCGCCGGAGAAGGAGAGUUUCAAUGAUGUUUAUAUUGUUUAUGAACUGAUGGAUACUGAUCUUCAUCAGAUAAUAAAUUCUACACAGGUUCUCACGGAGGAUCAUUGCCAGUAUUUCCUGUACCAGAUAUUACGAGGUCUAAAGUACAUACACUCAGCCAAUGUAUUGCAUCGAGAUCUGAAACCAAGCAACCUGCUUCUUAGUUCAAAUUGUGACCUAAGGAUAUGUGAUUUUGGGCUUGCAAGAACCACCUCGGAGUCUGACUAUAUGACAGAAUAUGUUGUAACUCGUUGGUAUAGGGCCCCUGAGUUGUUGCUUAACUGCUCAGAAUAUACUGCAGCUAUUGACAUUUGGUCUGUUGGUUGCAUUUUAAUGGAGAUUCUCAACAGGGAACCUCUGUUUCCUGGUAAAGAUUAUGUUCAGCAAUUAGUACUCAUCAUACAGUUAUUAGGUUCACCAGAAGAAGAAGAUCUUGGAUUUCUAAGAAGUGAGAAUGCUAAGAAGUAUGUCAAACAACUUCCUAAAUUCCCAAAAUGGACAUUUGCAGAGAAAUUCCCCGAUUUAUCCCCAGAAGCCAUGGAUCUUGUCGAUAAGAUGUUGGUUUUCGACCCAUCAAAACGAAUAACUGUUGAAGAAGCACUGAAUCAUCCUUACUUGUCAAGUCUUCACGAGAUCAAUGAAGAACCAACUUGUCUGUCUCCUUUUAAUUUUGAUUUCGAACAGGCAUCUUUGAGUGAAGAUGACAUAAAGGAUCUCAUAUGGGAAUCAUCACUUCAGUUCAAUCCAAAUGAGAAACUAACAGGGUAACCGUUCUGAACUUGCAUGCAUUUUCCUAUUUUCUCACUUAAAACGAGUGUCUUUUAUUCGUGAAUAGGAUGUACAACAUGGGAGGUUGUACACAUUAAGUAUAUUUGUUGUAUCGGUUAAUAUAUAUAUACGCCUUUCAAGAAAUGAAACGCGAAAAGGAGGAUUUUUAUAUAUUUAUCAUUAUUCUGGUUUGGGAUCUUCUUGUAUUCUCAUUACUUGGUGGUUAAUAAGUUUGUAUUUAGUAAGUCAAUCAUGUUCAUUGCAUUAAUGGUUGAAGCCAUUGGUGUAUGAUAUGAAGUUUUCAAAAAGCAGUUAGUUUGCUUGUUUAAUGCAAAAAGCUGCCAGUUUUUUUUU